AAACAACCAGAAAAAAAGAAAAACAGAAAGACACAAAUCUGAAGGGAACCUCUCGCCCUCGGAAAAGCUUAGCUCAGCUUAACUUAGGGUAGGAAGAGCAAUUUGGGUUGAGUUAGUAUACUUCACAGUGCCGAUCAGAUAGAUUAGAUAGUUAAUAAAAAUGGGUUUUUCUGUAGGAUUUGUGAUUGGAUUGGUUGGAGUCUUGAUUCUUUCUCAUGCCGCUUAUUCUACCAGUCAAUAUCGGGGUUUGUUGAAGAUUACUGAGGAUGAGUUUUCUGGACCUCCUUUCAGUGUGGUGGUGGAAUUGAUUGUGGGGCUGGUUUUGUGUAUGUGGGCAGCAUUAACUGUGCCUGGGAACUUCCUCUCUAUUCAUCCACAUUCUGAUGAGAAUAGGAUGGUUUCUUUGCCAGACAACCUGGAUUUCAUGAUCUUCAACCAUCGUGGAAAAGUAUUCGUUCCAGAAAUCAACAUGAAAUUAAAGCAUUAAGGUCAUUUAAGAAAUCGAAGGUUCACGUCCAACAUUUUUAAGAAGAACAAUUUUUCUCAAUCAAAUUAACACUAUGAAAGAGAACUUCGUCAACUCAAUAAUGCUACUGUCAAGUUAUUGGGAUUACAUAAUUAUGAUUUUUCAUUUGGAUUUGUAAUGGUCUUAUAUUUCUCAUCACAGUCAUGUAACUAGAAUUCAGUUGAUGCGUUUUUUUCUUCAGUUGCAUUAGAGUUUUGUAUUUGAAUCCAGGCAGCGCAUGCUUGUGGAAUCUGAAUGAUGAAUUAUGACGAAGGGGUAACUUUGUCUUGACUGC